GGGCCACUACGAAUCGCUCAGUCUACGCGCAGACAACGCCCCGAACGGUACGAAUUCGAACGGAACUCUGCACUCUCCGCUUGCAGAUAUCAAGAUGUGGAAGUGAUAAGAUAAUAGGAUAAGGGAAUUAGCUCACACUAGUUGGUGAAUAAGACUAGUUGGAAUUUUUAGGUCGAAAAUUUCGAAUUAUAGUAAUAAGGACACGGUUAGAACAAUGCGUUGGAAGUUGUGGGUGGUGUUGUUCUGUGCGGUGGCCUUACUGGACAGGACAAUUCCGGUGAAGGCCGAAAGUGAAGAUGACGUCAUCGAAGAUACGGCUGUGGAAAGUGCGAGUGAAACUGUAGAAGAUGAAACCGAGCCUGUUACGCAGGACGAAAAGCCGGCCGAAAGUGAUUCAGUUGAUGGCGUCGACGACGACGACGACGACGGAGAAGACAGCGAGGACACCCGAGUAGACGAAGAUGCCGUCGAGGUGGACCCGCAAGCUGCGGCCAAGGCCGAAGGCAAAAAGGGUCGCUACCUCAACUACGACUACUAUUCGUCCAAUUUGGAUACGUACGAUGUGAAUUACAACUGGGAAGAUCCUAUGAACCGUGAACAACCCAAGGAUCCUCCUAACUUCCAAAAGGAUGGCUCCGCCUACACGAUCACCCCCCUGCGACUUGCACAGAUCAGACGCAACUUCCUGUAUCCCUUCUACGAUCAGGGUGGCCCGGAGAACAUUGGCGACUACCAGCGGGACAUCCACGCCUCCAUGCCGCAGGUACACAAGAACUUCAACUUCCAGCUGCCGUUCUUCGGCUUCCGGUUCAACUAUACGCGUGUCUCGAUGAACGGAUUCCUGGAGUUCUCGGAUCCACCGGAGCACUACACCUACCCACUGUCCUUCCCGAUCAAGGACUGGCCCCGACGAAAUGACCCGUCCUUCAUCGGAAUCUUCUUCAGCAAGUGCCGUAUCGGGCGGAUUUACGAUACGGACAUUGAUCAGCGCUCGCCGGGUGUGUACUUCCGGAUGGAACGUGAUCUGGAAACUAGGACUGAUCGACCGGGAGUGGAAAUGCGCGAACGAGUUAUGUGGGACAUCCGCGAGGGUGUGGUUGGGUCGGAUACGUUCGUUCCGAAGCACGUGAUCAUUACCACGUGGAAGAAUAUGAGUUUUGCGGGGGGUAUUGAUAACUCAUUGUUCAGGACGAACACUUUCCAGAUGGUCCUGGCCACAGAUGAAGUCUACACGUACGCUAUCUUCAACUACGGAAUUAUCAAUUGGUCAUCGCAUACGGAAGCUGGUGGUGAUACGACUGGUGGAGAAGGAGGUGUUCCCGCUUACAUCGGAUUUAACGCAGGAAACGGAACCCAAGCAUACGAGUACAAACCCUACAGUCAAGCAUCUGUGCUUCGAGACUUGACCGGGCGUGGUUGGGCAAACGGCUUCCCAGGUCGGCACAUUUUCCGCAUUGACGAGCGUAUCAUGCUUGGAACGUGUAACAAGGAUAUUGAUGCGGCACAUCUUCCUCUGGUGUUUGCGCCGGAGUCCGGGAACAUGUUGGGUGGAACGGUAGUCAACAUCACCGGACCUUGCUUUCUAUCGAACAACACGCGAAUUGCCUGUCGAUUCGAUACGGAAGAGGUUAUCGGUACGGUAGUCGACACAAACCGCGCCAUUUGCGUACAACCUUUCCUGAAGGCCCAAGGUUACAUCCGAUUUGAAAUCUCCAUCGGUACGGAGCGAUUCAAGUGGCGAGGACGAUACUUUGUGGAAACUCCCGCAACGGCUACGGAUCGUAUCUUCUUCGAAUCCGAUGACGUCCACCGGAGGAAUCCUUCGGAGAUUCGGAUCACUUGGAAUCGGUACAACUUGACGACCAACUUGAAUGCCAACGUUCAGAUCUCGCUGUGGGGUUACCGGGAAUCAACUAUUCGCCCGGAGUUAGAAUACAUCGACAUGAUCGAACCGCAGUUGACCAAUACGGGAGUGUACACCAUUGCUCCAGCAAACUUCCGCUUACGAGAUAACCCUCGCAACGUAGACAUGCAGUUUGGUUUCAUCCAGAUCAACUUGACCAAUCCGGAGCAGUUCAACGGUCUAGCCAUUUCUCCAAUCCUUUGGUCCAAACCGAUCCCUCUGGGAUGGUACUUCGGACCGCAGUGGGAACGUAUCCACGGAAGAAACUGGCCUCGGGCACUUUGCGACAACUGGCUGAUGACGGAUCGUUUCCUCAGGAACUUUGCCCACGAGCUACCACUUUGCCCUUGCACGUUGGAACAUGCCACCUACGACAAGGGACGAUUCCUCCCGGAUCCAGACUGCGAUCGCGACACCAACCCGACCUGUUUGCAUCACCGAGGCGCCAUUCAUUGCGUACGAUCAGGUCAACCAUCGGCUCAAGGAUCGGAACAGCAGUGCUGCUACGAUCGUAACGGAUAUCUGAUGCUCUCGUACGAUCAGAUGUGGGGAUCAAGGCCUCGCCGUAACCAUAACAUUGGCCAGAUGCCGUGGAACGAAGCUAACAAAGUUCCGACUCUGUCCACCUGGUUCCACGACGUCCGUCCGUACUAUUCCUGCUGCAUGUGGCAAGACGAACAGGCUGUCGGCUGCGAAACGUUCCGUUUCGAGCGGCGACCUUCUCAGGACUGUAUCGCGUAUCAGUCUCCGGCAGUGGCCGCCGUUUUCGGAGAUCCUCAUAUUGUGACCUUCGACGGACUGCAGUAUACGUUUAACGGAAUGGGUGAGUUCGUACUGUUGAGAGGUAACAAUGGACGGGAGCGUGUAGAUGUUCAAGGACGUUUUGAACAGGUCGCCCGUAACAUCCACGGACCGGUAAUGGCAACGCAGCUCACUUCCAUCGCUGCUCGUGGUAACACCUCGACGGUUAUCGAAGUUCGUCUACGACCCCGCGAUGCGCAGUGGCGUUAUAGGUUGGAUGUGUUUGCCGACGAACGGCGCAUCUACUUCGAUCGACAGAGCUUGAAGUUCCAGCACUUCCACGGAGUCACGGUCUACACACCGACGUACAUUUUGAACCAAUCGGAAGUCGUGAUCAUGUUCUCCUCCGGUGUUGGUGUGGAAGUUGUCGAAAAUAAUGGGUUUAUGACGGCGCGGGUGUACACGCCUUGGAGUUUUAUAAAUAAAACUAGAGGGCUGUUUGGAAAUUGGAGUUGGAACAUGGCGGAUGAUUUGGUUCGACCCGAUGACGUGGUGAUAGCACCAAAUUUGAACAACUUUAGGGAUAUUCACGAAAACUUCGCGAUGCAUUGGAUGUUAUCGGAUCGAGAGUUAGAAGGCGUGGGGAAAGCGUUAUUCACGAGAGAGUUUGGCAGGACAUCUAGCUACUAUGCGAAUGUAUCGUUUGUACCGGAGUUCCGAAGAGAGCCGUCACAAUUCUUACCCCCAAACAGAACACAUGACAUAGAACGAGCGAACGAGUUAUGCGGAGAAAGUUAUCAAUGUCGAUACGAUUUCGGUAUGACGCUCAAUCGAGAAAUGGCACAUUUCACGAAAAAUUACCAUGCUAGUGCGAUCAACAUACAGUCUACGAAUAACGAACGAAUCAUAUCCUGCGGUAUAUUGGAAACGCCUCGAUUUGGACGGAAGUCGAACUUCAUGUUCACUCCAGGGGCCCGCGUAUCCUUCGAGUGCAACGAAGGAUUCGUCCUGAUCGGGGAUUCGCGGCGAGUAUGCCGUGAGAAUGGACAAUGGGAUGUUCCCGAGCACGGAUUCACCGAAUGUCUACGCGCUGUGUUCUAUACCCGUCGCACUGCUUGGAUUACCAUUGGCAUUAUCCUCGCUGUAAUGUUGCCUCUCAUCAUGUGUAUCGUGUGCGGAGUGUACUGCUUCCGCAAGCGCAAGUUGAAGGAAGAUCCGGAUUGGCGAAUGCCGAUUCCGUCUCGUUCAGCUUCCCGAACAACGCUCCGCAACUUGGCUAGCGACGGCAGUGAGUACGAUGACAAUACGAUCAAGAAGGUCCGUCGGUACGAUGCCACGUACAAAACGCACGAACCACUAGCAGGCAAACCGGAAAUUCAGUUCGAGCCGAAGAAGAUGGACCUAGACGAAGAAGACAUUACAUCCUCGGAAGGAGGUGAAUAUAGAGAUAAAGUUGUUAAUGAUUUCCAAUAUAAAAAUAUGGCCGAUCAUAAACAACUAGGUCGUCGUCGACUGACCACCGGAACGGAGGACGGUGCAGGUGCCGGACCGUCCAUGUUCAGCGAUGAAACCUAUCCACCGCCACCAGCAGAGUCCCCAACGCAAGCCUACGGAGCGUACAGCCCGACCUUCAGCGGAAUCGAUCGCAACAGCAGUUUUGCCACCGAAGACAACUCGCCAGUUAACCAGAGAAGACCUGGACCAUUCCAACAGGGAAGCUUCCAACAGCAACCGUCCACCACUGGAACGUUCUACGGUGGCGCGGCCGCUGCUGGACCAAGCGACCAAUCCGCUCAACCUCUUGUCCAAAAUGUCGGCCUUCCUGCCCGAAUGGAUAGCCGAUCAACCGAAGUCUAAAUCCAUAACAUCCAGAUAACCCAUCCACAACCUCAACCAUCCGACAGAAUUCAGGUAUUCUACGCGACAUCACAAUUUUUGCCAUCGUUUUACUUUUACAACGACCUAUAGCCGUAAUUGUUAGACUUCUCCGUAAGGCGCUCAAGGUAGUUAGAAGAUAUCAGUCAGACAGCAGUGUUUUUCUUCUCUAGCGAUAAGUUCACCAAGUGUGUGUAUUUAGUGAUAAGCAACAAUCAAAAAGUGGUGAAAUCAAUAAAGAUACCAGUUCAAUGUAA